AUGCGGAGACAAGCCAGUGAGUUGGUAAAGAGGCUAUGGGAACAGAUUAUGGUAUUACCGGACUCCAAUGUUUUAAAACUAAUUCAAGAGACUCAGGUAUUUCAUGAUGCUGCAAAAAUAGGGAAUGUUGAGUUUCUAACUCUGCUUACUCACUCAUAUCCUGAUCUUAUAUGGAAAGUCAACUUAAAUAAAUACUCCAUAUUUCAUGUUGCUGUUAUAAACCGACAAGAGAAAGUGUUCAGUCUGAUCUACCAGAUAGGAGCUAUUAAGGAUUUAAUUACACUCUAUAAAGAUAAAAAAGGAAACAACAUUUUACACUUGGCCGGGAAAUUAGCACCUCCAAGUAGACUCAAUAUUGUAUCUGGAGCAGCUCUUCAAAUGCAGAGAGAGCUACUAUGGUUUAAGGAGGUGGAGAAGAUUGUAUCACAUUCAUUAUUUGAUAUGAAAAACGAUGACCACAAAACACCAAGGGAGUUAUUUUCAGAGGAGCACAAGAAUUUAAGGGAGGAUGGUGAGGAGUGGAUGAAGGAGACAGCAAGUUCUUGCAUGGUUGUAGCAACUUUAAUCGCUACAGUCGCGUUUGCUGCAGCAUUUACCGUACCAGGUGGCAAUAAUGGAACAGGCACUCCAGUUUUCUUGAAGAACAGGUGGUUCACAGUUUUUGUUAUAUCUGAUGCAGUGGCAAUGUUCAGCUCGACAACGUCCAUAAUGAUGUUCUUGUCUAUCUUAACUUCACGCUAUACAGAAGAUGAUUUUUUAUUUUCUUUACCAGCAAAGUUGAUGGUUGGGCUAGUUUCACUCUUUGCUUCAAUUGUUUGCGUGGUCUUAACAUUUAGUGCAACCUUCUUUUUGGUGUACAACGAGGAAAAGCAGGGGCCGUUGCCAAGACUUCUUGCUACUCUUGCUUGGCUUCCAAUCACUAUAUAUGCAGUGCUAAAUUAUAGAUUAUGGAUUGCCUUAAUCCACUCAACUUGCUGGCCGGCUAUGGUCAUGUUUCAACCAAGAAAGCAUAGGCUUUACUAA